ACACUCCAUUACAUCUCAGAGGGAAAUAUUAUACCUUUUACUACACUAUAUUUGUCUGACAAUUUUAGUUACUGUACAGAUUACAGUUUUUACCCCCUUCCUACACAAAACCACGUAUCUCCAGAUGUGUUGAUGGUGAAUGUUUGUGAUAAAUUGAAAGAUGAGGUGUUCCUUUAUGUGUUGAGAACAUUUUCCUUCUUAAGCUUAAUUAACUCUUAAAAACCCUCUUGGAUCAGUUGGAAAAUACAUGGUCCUCACAGGACAGCCACGCAAUGAUUUUAUAGAUUAUGAUGCACUGCUGUAGAUUAAACUACCCAACAGUAUAUAAAGGUGAGCACAUCCUUAAACAUCUACAGCGGUAAAAUGACAAGCACACUUGAAUGUAAGGUUUCGAGUAAGCAGAGUAUUUUCACAGUGUGGUAUUAUUAUUUUACUGCAGUAAAAUGAUCUAAAUACUUGUUUCGCCACUGGUCUGCCGCAUAGAUUUUAAAAAUAAGGUCUGCCCUGAAUUUUUAAGUCUAUUAUUAACAACAGCGCAGUUGUUACAUCAAGUGUCAAACUGCUGCAGAACAUUGCCACACCCCCCAUGACACCAGAAUGUUUGUUUUUAGUCACGAGUUCUUCGGCGGUGGGCGGUUGAUUCAUAAUUAACUGCCGAAGCUCCCAGUCGGGCUUCUCGAAGCUCCCGGCAGCCGGCAUUGGUUUCAUACAACAUUCGCACCAACAGAAGGAGCCAAUCACAGAACAGAUCACCGCAGACUGCGUAUUUUGAACUGUGUACAAACGGACAGGACUGAGAACAGGCAGAGAGGUGAUGCUUCGCUCCUCUCUGUUAUGAAUUUUGGUUGUUUGAAGCUAUCCAGAAAUAAUCGCGACAAAGAGGAAUUUUACGAUGAGAAAGAGCGAGGUGCUGGCAGCAGAGGCUGUGUCAUGCCUGAAUAAAGCCCUGUGCCACCUGAAGGACAUCUGGGAGAAAAUCGGUAUCCCCGAGGAUCAGAGACUGCAGAGAACUAAUGUUGUCAAGAACCACAUAAAGAACUUACUAGAUAUGAUGAUCAAAGAAGAGGAAUCUCUGAAGAAGAGGCUCAUAAACAGCAUUCAGAUAUGCAGGACAGAAAUGGAAAAACUCUGCCUGGAGCUUCAACUGCCUGUGUUUGAGGAGGAGAAUGGGAUCAGCAUGCUGCAGCAGGAGAAGAACAUCCGCACACAGGUGGAGGCUCUAAUGAAGGAGAAGACUCAGCGGAAGCAGCAGCUGAAGGUUCUUCUGGAGCAGGACCAGGACCUGUGUGAUGUCCUGUGCUCCAUGCCUUAUGGCAUCGCUCCAGACUCUGUCCCCACACCGGAUCAACUGGAGAGCUUCAGCCAGCAUAUUGUUAACCAGAACGCAGAGAAGGUGAGGCGGUAUGCUGAGUUCAUGGACCUCAAAAGGCAGAUCACCUUGCACAUGGAGGAGCUGGACUACAUCCCAGAGACCAGCUUUGAGAAUGACGUCAUCUGUGAGGAUGAGGACUCUUUUUGCCUUUCCAGAGACAAUAUUGCGGCACUCAAACUGCUGGUUUGUCAGCUUGAGGAACGUAAGGCAGAGAAUGAAGCGAUGUGUGAGGCUCACAGAGAGAAGAUCCAGCGGUUGUGGGACAGACUGCAGGUGCCCCAGGAGGAGAGGGACGCCUUCAACGAACACAUGGUCAUGUCCAAAAAGAGGAACCUGGAGGCGUUGCAAGCAGAAAUUCAACGUCUGGAGGAGCUCAAACUACUAAACGUCCGCAAUGUCACAGAUGCCCUCCGCUCCGAGAUUGCUGUGUUUUGGGAAAAGUGCUUCUUCAGCACUGACCAGCGGCAGGCAUUUUCUCCGUAUUUCAGUGAGGCUUUUACCGAAGAGCUGCUGAGUCUGCAUGAUGCUGAGAUCCAGAGGCUGAAGCAGCAUUAUGAGGAUCACAAAGAGCUUUUUGAUGGAGUUCACCAGUGGGAAGAAAGCUGGAGACUCUUCCUCGAGCUGGAGAAUAAAGCCACAGAUCCGACAAGAUUCACUAACAGAGGAGGGAACCUUCUCAAAGAGCAGAAACAGAGGUCUGAGCUGCAGAAAAGUCUGCCCAAGCUUGAAAAGAAACUAAAAGCCCAGACUGAUGCAUGGGAAAGUGAACAGAAUCAGGAGUUUUUGGUAAAUGGUCAGAGGUUUCUACAGUAUGUGGAGGAACAGUGGGAGCUGCACCGAACAGAGAAGGAGAAGGAGAAACAAGAGAGGCAUCUAAAAAAAAGCAAACAGACCGAGGAGGACAUGCUGUAUGGGACAACAGUGCGAACCCCCACCAAACGCAGAUUCCUUUGCACUACUACCCCAAAUAAAUCCAGAAAGCUCAACGUGACUUCUAGCAUUUCCAGUGCCACCUCUUACAGCAACAGCCGCUCUGUCUAUGGUGGAACUGUGUGUCGCUCACCUGUGUCCCGCCCACCUCUCUCAGCAAACAAGGUGCCAGUAGCACUGACGCCAGGUGGCAGUAAAUCCCCCCACCCACGACUGCAUGGCUGUAACAAGGAGAACAAAGCCCAGCUGAAGGGGAGCCCUCUGAGUGGUGCGUUGCUGACCCCUGCAGGUCCACAGCAUAACUUCAGCAUAGCCUCUGUUGCCAGCACAUAUUCAGAGUUUGUGCGAGACCUGUCCAAGGCCUCUAACGCCAAGAUCCAGCACAACAUCCUGAACUCCACCUCCACCAACCUUUGACCUCUCCACUCUGUGGGGGACUGCGUCAGAUAUCACAGUAGUCCUUUCAACGAAGUUCUGAUCUCCUUUAAAAUAGAUCAUUGGCUUUCACUGCCAUCUACUUUUAUAUGUAAAUGAAGGUCAUAAUAUAUUGAGUGUUAAAACAGUGAUAAACGAGUACGAUCACUGUAAGAGGAAAAAUCUGUUUGUAUCAGCAGUUAAACUAACACUACUUGGGCUCUAAAUUUUUGAGAUGUAAUAAAUGUCUGCAUUUUAUACAGCACAUUUAAAAAAAGAGAGAGAGAGAGAAAAGAAAGAAUGAAAGAAUUUUAAGCUUUCUGAUGUUAUGCAAUUUGGGUUACAGGCCAAAUGUAUUAUGAAUACUUUGCACUUUUUUUAGUUAAUAUAUUGCAAUGCAUUAUAUAAUUUUACACACACUCACACUGUUCCAUUCAAAUCUGUUUUUAUACAUGUAUGUACUUGUGUAUAUAUUUCUGUAUCUGCUGUUUGACCAAGACGUUAGUUGUAUAGACAGGAUGUUAAGACUGUUAAAGCCCAUCAAAUAUUGGUGUUACGUAACAGUUUAAAUAUAAUUCAAUUACAUGGAUUUAACAAACUAUCAUGGCUGAUUUGGAAAGGCUUGUCAAAAUAUAAUUAAUGCAUUUUCAUUAAAAGCACCGACUGAUAAGA